AUGGCGUCGUCGGCGUUCAAAUCCACCACCCGCCGCAAUCUCCACGGCUCAGCCGACCGCCCCGUGCAGCCACCGCCCCACUGCCCCCGCCGCUCCCGCAGCGUCACCCCUGCGCCCCGCCGCGAACGUCUCCUCGGGGAUUACGCCGGGACUACCCGCACCAAUCCGCUCUUCGACCGCGGGGGGAGGGCCUUCUCUCCACCUCCGCCGCCGGAGGACUCUGGGGACAGAGGGAGGAAGGAGAGCAGGGGUCGCGGCUCAAGGAAGGCGCGGUCGGUGUCCGUCGCGCCGCCGCAGCGUCGGCGCGCUGCCACCUCGGCGCCGUCGUCGGCAGGCACUGAUGGCGGUGGUGGAGGCAGGGCUUCGCGGGCGCGGCCGGUCGUCGGUGAGGCACGGCCGUGCCGUGGCUCCGUGACAGAUGCAGAAACCGUGGAUUUAUCAAGCAAAAUGCAGUCUUGGAGGAGUAGUAAUUCAGUUCUAAGUUCGUCAUACGUAUCUGUCAAUGCCAUCUCACAAAGGAGCCAUUCAACUGUUCUGGAAAUUCCUCCUGAGUUUGAUCCGGAUUCUGCUGAGUUUGUCUCGGAUAUAAGUGAUUAUGCAACAGGAUUCAAACGGAGAGAUGUUGUGGAAAUUCUUCUUGAGUUUGAUCCAGAUGCUACUCAGCUGGUUUCAGUCGAAAGGCACAAUGCUACCAAGCUGCAAUGGGAGGGAAUAGAAAUCCCUCUUGAGUUUGAUCCAGAUUCUGUUGAGCUGGCUCCUGACAUCACUGAGUACACAUCAAAACUGAAACAGUCACAUGAGCGUGCUCGAAAGCUGCGGGCAGAUUUGGCUGUUGAAGAGCAGCGCGAACAAGAACUGAGUAGAAUGCUAAAGGGCAUAGUGACUGUUCCAAGUUUGUCUGAAACGCAUAAAAGGCGACCAAGGAGAAAGAGUAGUAUAGAGCGAUUGGCUGAAGAGGCAAUCAGUUACUUCGAGGAGUGUGUUUCAAUUUCAACAUUAGAUAGCACUGAUUUCUCCUCACUCGAAGAACCUCAUCCAAAUUCAAGUGGGACUGUCCCACCAAAGAGCAACAGUAGAUUUCUCCUGAAAGGGGGAUCAAGCCCUUUAGAAUCCCACUUUCCAACUGAUCGACACAAUUAUAAUGAGGAAUCUGACAACCAAACCCAGUGCUCAAUGAGCAUCACGGGAUCUGAUGUGUCUGACAGUGUUGUCUUUAGUCAUGCCAAGUCCCCUGGUUUGGGAACUAGAAACAAUUCUAGCGAUGAUUUUGAUGGCUUUGACACACCACGAAGCAAAAGUUCUUGUUUCUCUUUCAAACAUGAGCGAGCGAAAGCUGUCGACAAAUGUGAUGUUCGUCAAUAUCUAAGGAGUUUCAGCAGAGUAAUCAGCAAAGAGAGGUCAAAUUAUUGUGCCGAUGACUAUGCUGUCCAGAAAGUGAGCGAGAACAGACUAACCGACAUGGUGGCCUUUAAGAACCAGAUAGAAUAUGGGGGCCUUGUUCUUUGUAAUAUCAGAACAUUCUGA